UGCUCUGCUCUGCGGCAGCCUCACCUCCAGUGCUGGGGGCAGCUCUGGGUGCCACAAUGUAAGAAAGAUGCAAAGCUAUGAGAGAGCAUCCAAAGGAGGGCAACCAAGAUGGUGAAGAGCUUUGAGGAGACCCGAGGGGAGACCUCACUGCAGUUCCUUGCUUUUUAGGGGAAGAGGAAGGGCAGACACUGAUCUCUGUGGUGACCAGUGACAGGACCCAAGGGAAUGGCGUGAACUUGUGUCAAGGGAGGUUUAGGUUGGGUAUUAUGAAAAGGUUCUCCACCCAGAGGGUGUUGGGCACUAGAACAGUCUCCUCAGUGAAGUGGUCAUAGCACCAGCCUGACAGGGUUCAAGAAGUAUUUUAACAGUACUUUUGUGCACAUGGUGUGACUCUUGGGGCUGUUUUCUGCAGGCCCAGGAGCUGGACUUCAGUGACUCUGAUGAAUCUCUUCCAACUCAGGAUAUUCUUUGAUUCUAUGACUACUUUGUUCUGACAAGAGCAUCUUUUGUUUGUUGAAUGCUAGAGCUAAUUAAAGCAAUGAUCAUAUGAUAACUGCUGACAAUUUUCAACUUCUUUGAAUCCUCUGGCAGUAAAAGAUAUUGCCUCCAGAAACUGGCUUAGGGUGGCCACAGCCCAAGAUAAAGGUAUGAUUACAGAUCCAGUUGCAUUUCCCAAAAGGAAAAUGUCUCAAACCCCUAGAAUUGAGACCAAAUAUCAAAGUGGAAAAAUGUAUUAUAUACAAGUUUCUCAACUCGAAGUUUAUAAAAAUAUAGUUAUACUGAUAAAAAAUUAUCAUACUUUACAUUGAGAAACCUGGUGUUCUCACUUACAGUGAACACUCUUCCUUAACUUGAAGCUGGGUGCACAUGACAAUCAUGAAAUAUUUUUAGUCCAAGGGAAACUUGACUGCUCUUCUGAGUACGAUUAAUGUGUGCAAGGGCAAUUGAGACUUCUCCCUCCCUUCACUUUGGAGGUUGGGACGUAGAUAGGUUAAAGCUGUAGAAGCAUUUGCAAUUAUAUUUUUUUCAGGCUAGCAGCUCUGAGAGUGAGCAUUUAUAGACUUGUUCCUCAGUGCAGGAGGAGAGGAGAUAUGUUUUGCAAUAGAAACCCUGAUGAAAAGUCCAGACAUUCCUUCAGCUCUGAAGGGAAGUUUGCUAUUUCUGUGUACCCUCACUGAAUGCCAUCUAAGGUUUUGCGUAUGCCGAGAAUAUUUUCAGAACGGUGGAAAAAGAAAAGCACUUGAGAAAGAUGAAAAAAGAGCACUUCUUGCUUCUAAGACCACUCCAGCUUUAAAUGUUCCUCAGACUCCCAAGAUUGAAGAUCCUUUGCCAAACUUUGGUUUGACAAAUCAUGAAGUUAUGACAGAAGAGUUCCUUCACUCCUUGGGAAAGAUCAGAUUACUUGAUGUUGGUAGCUGCUUUAAUCCAUUUCUGAAGUUUGAAGAAUUUCUGACAGUUGGCAUAGACAUUGUUCCAGCUGUUGAGAGCGUGUACAAAUGUGACUUCCUAAAUCUUCAAAUUCAGCAACCUCUUCAACUGGCACAAGAUGCUAUAGAUGCCUUUCUUAAGCAACUGAAAAAUCCCAUUGAUUCUCUGCCUGGAGAACUGUUCCAUGUUGUUGUUUUCUCGCUCCUUCUUUCUUACUUUCCAUCACCCUAUCAACGAUGGAUAUGCUGCAAGAAGGCACAUGAACUUCUCGUAUUGAAUGGCUUAUUGCUUGUAAUAACUCCUGAUUCAUCUCAUCAGAAUCGCCGGGCUAUGAUGAUGAAAAGCUGGAAAAUUGCCAUAGAGUCCUUGGGUUUUAAACGCUUCAAGUAUUCCAAGUUUUCUCACAUGCACCUGAUGGCAUUUAGGAAAACUUCCCUGCAAACAACAAGUGACUUAGUUAGCAGGAACUACCCAGGAAUGUUGUAUAUCCCACAGGAUUUCAACAGUAUAGAGGAUGAGGAGUAUUCCAGCACUGCCUGCUAUGUCCGGUCAGAUACAGAAGAUGAACAGCUAGCUUACGGUUUUAUGGAGCUACCUGAUGCUCCCUAUGACUCAGACUCUGGAGAAAGCCAGUCUAGUUCUAUUCCUUUCUAUGAGCUAGAAGAUCCUAUAUUGCUUCUAAGUUAAUGUAGUUGUUGAAAUGCCCUUUCAGUGAAACCUCUUGCUUAACUAAUUUUGCUAUACUAACAUGGGCUCAACACAGAAAAAUGGUUUGCAUAAAGAAAAUGCAAAGGUUUACAGAGUUUGCUAUUUUUUUCUACUUUUGAAUUUUAAAAUUUAUUCUUGUAUGAAAGUGAAAAAAUACAAGUUUUAUGCAAAUGACUCAUGUCAUAGCAUAAAUUGCUGUUACUUUCUUUAGAUUUGUAUCGCUUUUUUUUUUUUUCCAGAAAGGUACCAUUCUUUUCUUUAGUGCUGUGAAGUGUGAAUUCUAUUUAAUUUGUUAAAUGUUGUUUCAGUAUUUUAACUCAAUGUGGUUGAGCUUAAGGCACUGGAGUUGGUGGGCUUCUGGGAAGUAUAUGUAGGAAGAAAUAAUUUGCACUUUAAUUAAAUGUGCAGAUAGGUUAAGACACUUGGUUACAAAUGUCCCUUCUCAAUUAUGGAACAAAACUUUUUUCUUCCAAAAUUUGUUUCACUCUGGUUAAGCCUGGGCUGGAGAAACUAUAAUGCUUGCACAUUUGAUUUUAUGUUUAUUGCAGCCCUCUUGACGUAACAUCAAAACACUGGAAUAUAUUCAUCCAUAGUUGUACAUACUGUGUAAUUUCAUUGCAUAACUAGCAAUUUCUGAAGAGGCUUUUCCCCCAGAGGAGUAUGGUACGUUUAGACAAUUAUGUUUCACUUCAAAGCUGGAAUAUGUUUUGCAGUUUUAUGAGUAUAAAAGCACUAACAUAUAUCAGUAUUUCCCCAAAUAUGGUGUUCUGUAUUCUCUUCCAAUUGUGUUUUUUGGGGGAUAGGGUGGGGUUUGUCAUGUUUUAAAGUAAAUUAUUUAUGCAUUUUAAAAAGAAACAACUUUUUCUUGAAUUGUCCUUAUUUGUAGGACUUCUAAGUUAGCCAGUGACUACAAACUGAUUUUGUGAGAAGGAACAUAACUGUACAGGUUUUUCAAGCAUACACAUAUUUGCAUAAAGCCUUGUAAUUCAGACCACACAAGUGAAGUUAACACAUGCUUUUUGUUUGCUUAUUAGGACCCAAAAAAUCUUCAGUUAAAUAAAAACUCCAUAGCUGGCUGAAAACUGGUCAGCACUGUAAGGAGAUGAAAUAUCUAUUAAGUUUUUAAUUUGUGCAAUGAAUCUUAAGAGUUUUUGCAGGAAAAAAUCAAUUCUGUUCAGCGGUUUAUAAAAGAGGAUUCAUUAUUAGUUUAGCUUAGAUUUUCUUCCAUUUAAAAAUAAUGGCCAGAAUUUUCAGAUUUGGAUAUUAGGCUCUUAAAUCUAUAUGUAAGUGCCUAGUAGUAAACUAUUUGAACUAGGUGCCAGAUCAUGAUUUAUUUCUGACUUCUGAAAAUUGGUAAAAAAAUAUUAAUACAGUUUCACAGGUGAUUGUGAUGAAAUAUGUUACAGCAUAUUAAAUUGCCAUGUAUUUACAAUAUGAAAGUUGCUAGAUAAAUCGAAGUUGUAGUGUGGAUUUUACAGUGGUUGCUACAAAAAUGAAACUUACUCCUUCCACUGAAGUUUUGCACUGAAUGUGUCACAGUUUGAACUACCUGUUUUUCUUUUAUAGUAUUUCCUACAUAGAGUAAUUGCAUUGGUUACAUUGCAUUGAGUUUACACUCAAAUGUGAUCUGGACUGUGGUGCUGUAUUCUUUACCAUAAGCUUUUUUUGUGUCUCUUCUUGAAUUUAAAGCAUUCCCACAUACCUAAUUCAAAUUUGUUAUUCAAUCUGAAUGAUAGGGUUAUGCAAGCCAAACAAUUAUAUUCUGAUGUGUGAAAAGAAAAAAAGAAUUAAGGUUGGGCAUACAAGAGUCAUGGUUCACUUGAUAAUUUUUGUUGCAGAGAAUACUUCUCUAAUGAAAUACACAAAGGCUUCAAAAUUGGCUUUAAGUCAGUAUUGUCAUUGAACGCCUUUCUUCCCAAUUAGCCACUGCUUCCAGCAGUGCUCAUGUUAAAAUAUUGCUGCUGUAAAAUCAGAUGUUUAUAGGAGGUUAAUACUUGCAUUCUUCAAAGUACACCUAAUAUUUAAACUCAUUUUAAAAACUAGUACACCAUCAAACAUGUUGGCAUUGAUUACUGUGAAUUGGUUUGUGAUUCAUGUACAAAGAAAUGCAAUUCAGGUCAAAAUUUAUCCCUCAAAAUAGCUUAAAUAUUAAGAUUUAAAGUUUAAUCCAUUUUGGGAGGUUGGUAACAACACUGUGAUUUAGGGACCUGAGAUUCAUAAGUUUGGUUUUCUUGCUGAUCAUUCUAAAUGCCCAAAGUGGGUUUAUUGGUUAUUUUGUGGGUUUUUUUCUUUUUUGGUUUGGUUUGUAUUGUUUUUUUCACAAGGGACAGUAGCUUGUGGUGGUGGAGGAAAGUGUGAUUUACAUAAAUACUUACAUCUCCCUUAAUAAUAAAGUGGUGAUAUCAGGAGUUGUUGUAUAUUUGGCUUUGGUGCAAGAAUAUUAUUUCUAGGUUAUGAAAUAUUUGAAAAUUAUGACUGUGCAAGACGUUUCAUUCUUAAGGUGCCGGAGAAGAAAAGAAAGAAAACAUGUAUUGGCAUCUCUGUUGUCUUUUAUGUCACUACUUUUGUGAACAAAGCACAUUUAUUAAAAAAAAAAAAUUGAAAAACCAAAAACACUUUUUUACAUUUAUUUGGG